AUGAAACUGGAGACCAUAGGAAUAUGCGACAAUCCUUCCGACCAACAAGAGAACGAAAGAGUUAUCAAGACCUUCUACGACACAGUUCAAAUACGUGAUAAUAAAAUCUUCGUCCAGUUCCCAUGGAAAGCUAAUAAGCACCUUCUCGCGGAUAACUAUGGGACUGCACUUGGACGUCUCCACCAACUGUACAGAACAUGGAAUGACAAGCCCUCAAAAUGGCUCCAGUACUGCGGAAUCAUAGAAGAUCACAUUAAACGAGGAAUUGUUGAAGACGUUCAAGCAUUCGAAAAGGACCUUUCUAAGCAGAGCUCGUACAAAAUUCUUGGUCAAAGCUGGAAUCCUACGAGUGACGAAUUCGUACUUCAAUCCAAACUGAUUUACGCACGGCACCCUACUAAACGCAGAAUUCUUCAACAAACGCCUCAUCCCACUCCAUUGCAGCUUGUGUAUAUCUCAGAUCACGCACUUCCGAGGGACGGAUUUUAUUCAAACCUGAUAAUAGCUCGACACAGGCUCACACCAGCAAAACAGUUGAAUUCCAAUCCUGAGAUCACGAUCCCCAAACUCGAACUUGUCGCUCUG